GACUUACAAAUUACGCAUUACGAUGUAUAACAGCAGCCACUUUUGUCAUGUUCGUUUGUACGUCUGUAACCACAGUUAGUUUGACCUUUAUUCUGACCGACAUGUUUAGUACUAUCAUUCUGUUCUUUUCUGUUUUACUUAAAUUUAGCUAAGCAUCUUUGAAACAUGUCGCAGCCAGGAUAUACUGAGCCAGGAUAUCCUCAGCCAAUGAUGGCCCAACCAAUGGGUUUUCAGCAAACUAACACCACUGUUGUCGUGAACCAACCCGCUCCAGUUUUGCUACAACAAGGAAUGCGUGACUGGAGCACUGGUCUGUGCGGAUGCUUUGAAGUGAUAGGCAUAUGUUGCAUGGGACUCUUUUGCCCGUGCUUUUUGCUGUCUGAUGUCUCCUCAAGAAUGGGCGAGGGUUGUUGCUUUGCCGCAUGUUGUCCUGGAGCUCUGCUUGGACUGAGGAUCAAACUCAGGGUGCAGGAAAACAUUCAGGGAAGCCUGUGCAAUGAUUUCUGCGAGGUGAAUUUCUGCGGCACUUGUGUGUUAUGCCAGCUGAGUCGUGAGCUUAACCAUGUUGGGAUGAGGCAGUGAUUCGUGGAGUAGCGUUUCGUAGUCACGAUCAGAGCUUUUAGCAAGUUGUUUUUAAGUUUAAAACUGGCUGGGUAAUAGUACCAGAGUCAGGUUUAGAAACAUGUUUUUGUUCUCGAAUACGUUUGUAUCCGGUUGUCAACUUCUGUUUUAGAGUAGUUAAAAAACGUGUAAGCUGUGUCAAGAUGUUAUCGAAACGUUCAAAGUCACAAGAUCCCCGGCAUUCCAAUUUCAGUUUGUCCUUGGCAUACACAAAUAGAGGCCGAGUAGAGAAAGGCGGUGAACAUAGAAGCGGUUUUCUCCUUGCGCUUCUUUUUUCUUUUUGUAAUUCAGUGUGUCGUGAUGCCCGUGAAGGGAACUGAACAGUGUGAGUGUCAGUUAUCGAUACUGGCUUUUAAUUAGAGAGACAGUGAUUGAGGUUGAAAAAUCAAUACAAAACUGAUGGCCUUUCGGAUUUUGUGACUAUGAGUUUAAACGAUGAUGUAAGGUGUCCCCAGCUAUCGUGUGCAACAGUACACUAGAUGAUUAAGUUCUUACUUUCUGAAUGGCUGACUGACUGUGUGACUGACUGACAGAAAGAUAGAAAGACAGACAGACAGACUAACUGAUUGACUGACUGACAGACUGACUGACCGACCGAUUGACUGACUGACUGACUGACAGACUGACUGACCGACCGACUGACGGGUCAGUAAAUUACACGGUCUUAACGUUAAAUCUAUUUAAAUUUGUAGAACUGUAAAUUUUGUGGGUUUUUUUAUCAUUAAAAUUUCCACGAACGAACA